CGUGAUCUCGUUCACAGUCGAGGACGAGAGCUCAAAGUCUGGGUCCGCAAUGUCUGGCUCGCUGAUCGAAGUGGAGUUUACUCCAGAAAACAUUGCAAUUAUCCACAUGAAGGGAGAGCAUAAACGUUUUAAUCCGGAAUUCAUUGACGCUUUCUGUGCUGCUCUUGAUACCGUUGAGAGGAAUCCGACGUGUCGAGCCCUGAUAACCACGGGGAAUGGACGAUUCUUUAGUAAUGGCCUUGACCUUGAGUACAUGAUGUCUUUAGACGGAAGUGGGUUAUCAAAAUGGAUGACCAGGAUCCAGGGGUUCCUCUACAGAGUCGUGACAUUUCCUAUGCCAACAGUUGCCGCCAUCAAUGGUCACGCGUUUGCAGGCGGUGGGUUUCUGGCUAUGUCACACGACUUCCGGGUGAUGAGGAAAGGUCAAGGCUGGAUCAGCUGGAACGAGAUUUUCAUCAAGUUAAGAUUCUCGGAUUUUCUUAUGGAAAUUUUAAGGUGCAAGGUUCCAAAUGGAUCAGCACAGUUACAGGCGGUAGUUCUGGGCGCAAGGUUCACUGCUGAGGAGGCGGCUAGGUACGGCAUCAUCGACGUCGCUACCGCCCCCGAGACGAUGAUGCAGGAAGCUGUGACUGUGGCGAAGAAAACCCUAGGGCGUCAACCGUAUGACCGCGAGACGCUGACGCAGUUUAAAGCGGACCUGUACAGUUCACUGAAAGAUAAAGUAGCCAUAAGAAGGCCUCGAUUGUAAACACAGAAGUAUAUUUCCCUUGUGCGUGCGUGCGUGCGUGCGUACGUGCGUGCGUGUGACUAGGUAGGCAUGUAUGUUUCUAUGGGUGUGGUAGGUUUAGGUAGGGAUAUACGUUUAUACGUUUAUGUUAUGUUUCUACGUGUGUCCUGACUCAGCAUGGGAGGUAUGCGGCAAUCCUUGCACCUAAAACUGGAGACAAUGUGUCGGCUACAGAUGCUGGUACAAAUGGUAUGGUUGGUGCCGUAUCCCUACGCCAGGACUGGUACUAUAAUUACGGGGAGUGAUGUGGCUCACAAUAUAGUCCAUAUGUUACAUAUGUAUGUAUUAAGAUCAUAAUUUGUCUUUAUCAACUGGAUUGUUGAUGUCUGAAAUAAAUCGCAAUCAAGC